AUCAUCCUGCUCCAACAUCAUCCUGCUCCAUCUCCUGACAGCUCCAUCAUCCUUCUCCAGCCCCUCACAGCCCCAGCAUCAUCCUGCUCCAUCUCCUCACAGCCCCAGCAUCAUCCUGCUCCAACAUCAUCCUGCUCCAUCUCCUCACAGCUCCAUCAUCCUUCUCCAGCCCCUCCGUGCUCACAGCUUCCCUCUGCACCACAGCAGGAUCAAGUCUGCAUGAGAUGAGUGCUCCAGGGGCUGGGCAAGGCCGGAUUUGGGCAGGAUUUGGGCAGGAUUUGGGCAGGACAGGGGCCAAGAGGUGCCUGGAGGAGCUGAGCAGUGAGGGGCGCUUGGCUCCAGGGGUGGUGGAGGCCAGCUCCCUUCAGCAGGAGAGGCUGCAGGCCAUCGCGGAGAAGCGGAAGCGUCAGACGGAGAUCGAGAACAAAAGGCGGCAGCUGGAGGAUGACAGGCGGCAGCUGCAGCAUCUCAAGUCCAAGGCUCUGCGGGAGAGAUGGCUCCUGGAGGGAGCCCCAGCUUCUGCCUCCGAGGAGGAAGAGGCCAUGAAGAAACAGAUGCAGGAGGAUGAGGUGAAGACCAAGGAGCUGGAGGAAACCAUCCAGAGGCUGGAGAAGGAGCUGGAGAUGCUGGAGAACAGCAGCUCAGUGGCUUCAACCAAGGAGAACCUGGCAGAGGCAGCAGCCAAGGAGGAGAAGAAGGCAGAGGCUGUCCCCAACACGCAGAAGAGUCCCCUGGGCACAGUUAAGGCUGACAAGAGGCUCUCCAGCAGCCCCAUGAAGGCAGUGGAAGGCAGUGAGAUGAUGAAGGCGGUGGUGCACGCGGUGGGUGCCGAGGACGGCGCCCUGCAGAACGGGGCUCACCCCCUGAGCUCCUCCGAGGUCGAGGAGCUCCUGCACAAGGCGGACGAAGCCACCCUGAGCGAGGCCAAGGGCGGCCCGGGCAGCCAGAAGGCGACACCCAGACGGGAGAUCACGGGGCUGCAGGCCAAGGUGGCACCGGCCGAGGGGACAGAGGGCGGCCAGGAGCAGCAGCAGCCCGUCACCAUGAUCUUCAUGGGCUACCAGAACGUGGAGGAUGAGAACGAGACCAAGAAGGUGCUGGGGCUGGAGGGCACCAUCAAGGCGGAGCUGGUGGUGAUCGAGGAUGCCGAGGGCAAGGCGGAGCCGGCUCUCAAGGACCACACGCCGCCCAACGGCACCGCCCUGGAGCCGGCGGCCGCGCAGCCCCUGGGCGAGGAGGGCUCGGCGGGGCAGGGUGCCAAGGCCACAGAUGCCAAGGAGGCCGAGCAGGAGACAGACGUGAAGAAGCAGCGCUGCAAGUGCUGCACGGUGAUGUGAGCCCCCCGCCGAGCCCCCUUUCCCCCAUCCCACCGGACACCGGCCCCUCUUUCUGCACAACCGGGGAGACCCAGCGCGGUGCCAACAGCGGGGAUGCCCGCCCCGUGUGCCCGGUGCCAGCCCCGUGCCGCCCCCCACCAGCGCUGCCUGUGGUAUUUAUUAGUGCCCCCCCUCGCCCCACGGUGCGCCCAGCCCGUCCCCGUCACAGCCCCUCUGUCACCGGCACCGUCCCAGCGCCGUCGGAGGAUGGGCAGGGGAUCGGAGGACGUCGCUGUGUCCGUGGAUGACUCCCCGGGAGCCGCCAGCCCGCGGUGGGCAUCGGAGCCAGCGCCGUGCCAGCGCCGUGCCAGCGCCUCCCUCUGUGCCUCCAGCAGGGCGAGGUUCGGCUCUGCUGGCCGCUGGCUGCCCCUGGACAUCUCUGCUCCAUCUCCUCAGCCCCGCGCUCCCCGAGCCCUCCGGGGCAGGGCGUGCCCAGGGCAUGGAGGGCAGCGCCCGUCCCUCCCUGGUACCGGGCUGUGCUGAUGGCCUGGGGCUCCUGCAGGGCCUGCUCUGCUCCUCCUGGGCUCAGCUGCACGUCCUGGAGCCCUCACUGUGCCAGCUGAGGGGGCUGAACUGUGCCCGUGUCCCCCUGGGGCAGUGCCAGCGAGGGAGGGGCAGCUUGGGGGGCUCAGCCCUAUGGGGCAGGAAUGGGCUGGGGCUCCUGUGCUUCCUCGUGGCUCAGCAUCCUCUGUUCCCUUCCAGUCUCUGCCACUCAGCAGCUUUGCAGAGCCCCGUUCUGGGGUCCUGGGCUGCAGCUUUGGGGUCCCCAGGGUGGGGGGCAGCCCAGUUCACCCCAAAUUCAGGCUCUGGGAGCUGCCAGAGGGUCUGGUGUCCCACAGAGGGCAGCUUAACCCUGCACCCCAGCCCUUCAGUGGGGAUUUCACCACCAGCACCAGCCUUUCCUCCCCACUGAGACCUGCUGGGGCAGCCAGGGGGGCCCCCCAUGGUCCCCAAUGCCCACAUCAGCUGCCCCUGAGCUCCCCGGGAGCUUUGGGCAGGGUGCAGCCACUGGUGAGGGAUCCCUUUUCACAUGGGAGAGGGUUCCUUCUGCCCAGGGAUCCCCCAAACGUGUGAGGAGCAGCAGCCGAGCUGCCCAGCCCACCAGGACACCGCUGGUGGAGCAGCCAAGGAUGGGGCUCAGCUGCCCCGAGGAUGGGCCUUUCCUCCCCCCCACACUCCCCCCGUGUGAGCAGUGCCACCCCCUGUCCCCAUGCCAUCCCUGGUGCCCCCCAGGUGCCCCCCAGGCUGCAGUUUUGCCCCCAUUGGAGUCACUGCAGGGCUGAGCCGCUGUCCUGAGCGCUGCCCGGGCACCCAGAGCCCCUGGGAGAGGCACGGCUGGGUCAGGGGGGCUUGGGAGGGCACUGCCAGGGCAAGGGGGGCUUGGGAGGGCACUGCCAGGGCAAGGGGGGCCUCUCCUGCCCCUCCAUCCCCUGCUGGGCACCGCUGCAGCCCCAUUGCUGCAGAGCAGGGCACGGCCUGGGCGCCCCCACAGCCCUGGGGGCAAUGUCACCUCUUGCCACCCCACGUCAGGGGCCAGCACCACCCACCCCAUCCCAGCCCGGGCCCUGCAAUCCCCCCCCGGCCCCAAACUGGGGUUCCCUCCCCACUCUUGGCACCCCCUGCCCCUCGGUUGGCUUUGACCCCCAGCCCAGCCCGGCCCUGGGGGUGGUGGGGGGCAGAGCAGACCCUCGGGGUGGCUGUGGGGUGUGACAGGAGGGGGUGCUGGGCCUGGCAUCGUCCCCACCCCGCCCCACAGCACCCCUGUCCCCUCCCAGCUCUGCUGAAGUGCACUUCCCGUGCCCCUGAGCUUUUCACUUGUGCCGAAGCCGUUUGAAUUCCCUUCCCCUUUCCCUUUUCCCCAUCCCAUCCACCUCAACCCCGUUGUUUGUAAAACACCCAAAAACCGAGCAAAUAAAACUGUGUGA